AGUGCCCCCACCACCCCACCCCAGCGACGCCACUGUUAGUGAAGAUGGCGUGUUUAACCAUAAUUAGAUACUAAAAAGCUAACAGAAACGUUUGAUCAAGUCCUCUAUCAUCAGAUUUAAAGUACGCGCAAGGCUAAUCUGCACGUUGCUUCCUGGGAGGAUCAGCAGUGACACAUAAUGACUUUAGCGCUCUGAAAGGGAUGCGCACAAGACAGUCAGUGAUCUGCUUACGGGCGUUAAACACUGCAGAGUCCCGUGAGCGGCGGGACACUGGGAGUCCGAGACAAUCGGAUCUAAAGGAAUCUUUCCUCCGCCGCAUACCUACAACUACCAUCACCAGGGUCGUUACGCAUGGCUUUUACGCACAGCCGAUGAGCGGAUCUUGACCCGCGCUCCGUGUUUAACCAGCAACGCGCGGACCUCGCUGCAACUUCCACUCCCACAGGUGUGAUGUCGGAGUCAGCGAACUGAAGGGAUGAGUGACACGAUGCGCUCCGUGUUCUGCUGAAGCGAAAGCUCAACCUCACGAACGAUGGAGAGUAGCUGCCUGCAACAGCGAGCCGCGCAGUGUGCCAAAAUGAGCUUUAACUGGCAAAGCUGGAUGAUCCCAUUGUUGGUGUUUGCCACUGUACCAGCAGUACUCACACAAGAUCUGAGCAGCAAGGAACUCACUGACAUAAAGAGUCCAGUGCCUUUCCCUGUCUUCCUGCCGGUCAGCUACGAGGUACGGGAUGCCGACUACCUCUUCCUUAAGGAGGCUGGACAGGACUUCAUGAGGAACUCCAGCAUGCAGAGUCACACACAGCCCUUUGUUAUUUUAAAAGCCAGCCGCCAGCCAGCUGUCAAUGCUAGCUACGGUCAUGUGUCCACGGAGAGACCUGUGCCUCUGGAUCUGGUGCAGUCGGUGCAGCUCUUUAAUGCCCCAGAUAUCUUUACAUUUAACUGGAAAAUCCAGGCCUUUGUGCUGACGCCCCGGGUUUUCUUGUCCAAACCCAAAGUUCGGGUUCUCUUCUAUGUUGCAGGGAGGGAUUGGGGCAGAGGCGAGGGAGCCUUGGAUGAGUUACCAUGUGUGACAGUUUAUGCUUUCUGGCAAACACAGGAGGUGAGGGGUUCUUGUGCUAUAGGAGGCGAUAGGGGAACUUGCAUGGCCGAGCUGAUGCCUGAGCCUGGCUGGUUUGCUGCAGGGUCAGAGAGCACCAGCAGUGAAAGGCAGGAUCCAUCUGUUGGGAACCCAUUGGAGCUGUACUACCAGGCCCAGCCCAGAGUCAAUGGGAAGUGUUUUUCUCUGAAUGGAAGCCGAUGGAGUGGAUCAGGACAGCCGGCAGAGUAUGUUCCUAUAACUCCGAUGCAGAGGAUUGGAAGCGUGCAACUUCUGCAGAUUCCCAAAGGGAUGGCGACGCUCUCCCGCCUCAAGCUUGGGAAUGCCAUCAUCAUUCGGACGUCAUCCAAACCUCUGAAAAAGACAGACAUCGCCACUUUCUAUAUACUGAUUGCCAGCUCUGUUCAGCUGCCCAACUUCACUCUCAGAGCAUCAGUAAAGAAAGGUGUGACCUUUCGAACAGCGACACCCAGUAACUCUUUACUGUGGGACAUCACACUGGAUAUGGGAGCAGAUGGAGUCAUUGCUGUUAUUUGCCAGAGAAAGGCCCCCAUACCUGGGAAAAGACUUGAAAGCAGUCUGCUGGAGGUACUUCAGAUGGACUUUGAGGUUGAAGAACUGAGCAGUCCUGUUGACAGCCAGGUGAUCAUAUGGAAGCUGGAGCUACCAUCUGUGCCCAAAACUGUCGCCAAGACUGAAGGAGCCAUGAAGAUUUAUACAACUCAGAGAGACUUUGUUGGCCUCGCUCCUCUUGUGAUGAACACAGAGAUCCUGAACACCGCUGUUCUAACUGGAAAGAAAGUGGUGAUGCCUGUGAGGACAGUGGCUGUGGAGGAAGAUGGAGUGGUCACAGAUGUUUCUGACUACACAGACUGUAGCUCCACUGAUGAAGAUGUUCUCAAGGUGUCAGACAGAUGUGAGUAUGUUUUUGUGAAUGGCAAAGAGACCAAAGGCAAGGUGAAGAUGAUAGUAAACUUCACCUACAGCUACCUGAGUGCUCAGCUCGAAAUAAAUGUGUGGAUGCCUCGGCUCCCUCUGCAGAUUGAGUUGUCAGACACAGAACUGAGCCAGAUCAAAAGUUGGAGGGUGCCGAUCCUGACCUCGAAAAGAUCUGGCUGGAACAGUGAUGAGGCUGAACGAAAGGGCAAAGGUUGCAUGCUCCAACUUCAACACUCGCUUGUGCGGGUUCUAACCCAUUUUGUGGCCGAGCAGGAAGACCCGCGGGACCCUACAGCCUAUUUUUUGGGCUCGGAUUGGCAGGUGGAUAUUACAAGGUUGGUGCGAUACUUCAUGAAGGUCGAGGAUCCUCGAGUUGCAAGACUUCAUGAAGGAAGGGUUCUGUCAGGCCGAGACUUUGGGACCACAAACAUCCAGGUGUUUUCUCCACUGUCUGAUGUUAUCUUGGCAAAGACAACAGUCAAAGUUGUGGAUGACAAAGUGAGCAUCACAGAGUUAGGUGUUCAAGUGGUUACUGGACUCUCCAUGAAGUUACAACGUAGUUCGGGAAGUAGCAGGGCCAUCUUGGCAACAACAACCACACAAGAGGUUCUACAAAGCCCCAAACAGCAAGCUUUGGUUAGUUCAUGGGUCCAGUUCAGUGAUGGCAACCUGACACCUCUUGACAUCUAUGAUCCAGCCAAUUACAGAUUGACAGUGACAUCCCUUGAUCAGGGAGUGGUGUCAAUACAGGGCAAACCUCCUGUUGUAGUGGCGGAAGGCGAGGGCGAAGGAGUCCUAGUUAGAGUAGAGAUGUCCAUCUGUGAAACCUGCCAAAAGUCCAAACGCAAAAGUACUGUUGCUGUGGGCAAUGGCAGCCUUAAGGUCAAGUUUCAGGCCAACACUAGAAGGCCAGGUGGCAGUACUCGUAACAUUGACCGAAGCUCUGCUGGCAACAAAGAGAGCAAUAAUGACUAUGGCAACGAUGGGGAAGAGAUGGACAGUGACAGAAAGCAGAGAAAGCCAUUUCAGUUUCUUCCUUCAAGUAUCCCAAACUCUAACAAAGAGGAGAGUGCCAUUCAGAGGAUCCCAACCACAAUCAGAUCUACAGAGAGAACCAUUAUAACCAGCGGCAGUCUUGGAGGAGUGGGCAAGACACGAAGACCAGAAAAUGUCGGCAGUCCAACCAGCACAGUGAAUGUCAGUCUCAUGAGCAGCCCCAGAGACAGCAGCAAAGAAUACAGAUCAGACAAUAUCAUAGUGGAGGAUACAAACAUUGUUAGUUUUACCAGCACUGUGAAAGCUCCUGGAAAUCUGGUAAACUACAACAACUUCCCCACCAAGGUGGAGAUCCCUGGACCAGAAAUGCCAGAGGUGCAAAGUGGUGAAGAAGUUUUGGCCAACAGGCCUCUCACAGACUUGGAAAUUGGCAUGUAUGCCCUGCUGGGUGUUUUUUGCCUUGCCAUCUUGGUAUUUCUAGUGAACUGUAUUUCAUAUGUUGUAAAAUUCAGGCAUAAAAAGCCUCCCUCUCAUUGCCAAGAGCCAACAGGACACAGGCAUGACUGGGUCUGGCUGGGCACAGACGCUGAGCUAGUGAUGACUGUGCCAUGCAGUCCAAUCCAGCAAGACUCACAUACAGCAACCACUGUGAUUGACAUUGGGCCUGACAAGACUGCCUCUCUUUCCAGGAGGGCCAGUUGCCUGGCCUCUGUAACAGACUCUCCUCUCAGCUGUGCCAGCUCCCACAGGACCAAACCCAUACAAAGCGAGUCUCUCCACUCGCCCACCAGCAAGAGAAAGAGAGUUCAGUUCACCACAUUUUCCACGCUGGAGCGCCAGCAGUCGUCACACCUCGCAGCCAAGGAAAACGGCCAUGGUAUCAACUGGGUUGGAAAGGAAGAGUGUAGUGGGGAAGAACCUCAAGUGCCCAUCAUAAAGCCUGGGGACCACUUAUAACACAGAACCUGAUCAGACCUCACAUUUGCAGCAGAUGUGGCUUCGAACACCUCAAUGCCUUUGUCAAAAAAAUUGGAUUUUGUAUAAGGCCUCCUCCACAUUUCAUUGCCCAUUAAGGACUUUUACAAAUACAUGUCUUGUAUAUUGUAUUACCUAAUUCAAGAGAAUAGAUAUGUUUGAUAAUUUUACAGACAGCUGAGCAGAUGCGUUAUUGUAUAUACAAUAUUCAAAGCCACAUUAUGUUCAUGCUGCAUUAGGAUAUCUUUGUGAAACGCUACAGACACUCGGAGAUAUAGAAGAAAAUAAAGAAAUAUUUAAGAAUAAAAUACAAACAUGUAAAUAACACAUAUAUUAGUGAGCGCAGCCAAACAUUUUUAUUGAUAAAACAAUUGGCUUUAAUAUAAAAUGAUAAUAAAAUGUAAAAUAAAAACAUAAAGUUAUUUGAUUUUGUUUAACUUAAAAAAAAAAAAAAACAUCAUGCUCGUGAACAACUGUGUUUAUCUUCAGUGGUCCUCAAAAAUGUACAGACCAAGUUAGAAUGCCAGGUUGUUGUGUUGUAAAAAAUGUGACCAUGUGUCAUUUCAAAACCUUUCCCACAUACUGUAUAAUAGCAUUAUAAGCUGUAAUAAGCAGUUCGGUUAGAAAUGGAGAGGUGCAACAACCUGAUUGUAUAAGUGUGUAUUAACUCCUUUUUGAAGCAUUUUUGAUUGAUUUUCAGCAUUCUUCCUUGUUAGGAGUCUGUCAGCAUCCUACAAAUUGACUUGGCAAUAUUUGCUGCCUUUGCUUUGCAGAAAGCUUUCCAAAUCUAUCAGAUCAGCCGUCUUUAGACCCCUGUAGAUCUACUGUCAGAUUAGGUUUUAAACUGUGGCUAGGCCAGCCUGAAACUUUAAUUUUCCUGCAAUAAAGACAGUGUUUUAUUGAUUUGGAUAUAUGGUUGGACUGAAAAUGAUACUGAAAAAAAAACAUCAUCUUUAGAUUUCUAAAAAGAACCUAAGGAUUUUGGGUCAAAGCUAACUGGUAUUUGGAACUAUUCUUAACUUCAGCCACCUCUACCAAAUCUCUAGUUCCAUCUGAAUAAAUGUUACCCCAAAACAUGAGGCUGUCAGCACCAUAGUUGUGGUAAGGUGUUCUGUCAGUGAUGUAAAGUGUUCCUGUGCCAAACACACCCUUUGGAAUUAUCAACCCAAAGUUCAAGCUGGGUUUCAACAUUCUUCUGCAAAGUUGUGGGAGAUUUCAGCUAGGCUUGGAUGUUUUCAUAUGAAGAAAAAAACCAUGCCUUGCAACCCCUACUUCUUAGCCUAGAUGUGUGGGGCAUACAGGAGAACACAUCACAUACAGAAAACCAGUACUAAUCAGAAAAUCCGGCAGCUCCUUCAGUGUUCCUGCCUGCCUCUUCUCAGCUUUCUUGACCAAUUUCUGUCUUGUCAUCAAUUCUGGAGAAAUAUCAAGUUUUUAUUUUGUCCUUGGUGUCCCAUAUUUUCUACAGUAAUUCAUAACUACCAUUGCUAGUGUACAUUGUAUACAUAAUGUUGUGGAUUUUAUAUUUGUUUUACCAUCCACUUGACUUGCAAAUAAGCAAAUGCCAGAAAUCCUUACUGGAUAAGCUGAACUUUUGCAACCAGGUUAGUGCAGGUUUUUAAGCUUUUCAUCUGAAUAUUUUUAAAAAAACUUAAAAACAGAGCAUUUUGACAUGUGCGUGUACUCUUGAGAGACACUUUAUAUCAUAUGUGUUAUAAUAUGAAGGUAAACCACUGACUUGCCUCUUCAACUUUGGUGUUUCAUUUUAGUUUUUCUAUCCAUCCUGGCCUCAGGGCAUUGCCAAAACCAAUCUCUGUACAAUCAAUUGGAAGGACCUCAUUUGCCCCGGUGCCCUUUAAACUAAUUCAGAUUUUGCUGGGUUCUUGA